UAUCGGAAAAAGUAAAAACAGCAUUUUCACGAUCAGAUUCUGUUGUUUUUGAAUUGGAUCUUUACAAUGCAAAUACAAUCGAACGAUUAUCGGAAUGUAAAAAUAUUCCGGGCGGUGGCACAGUGAAGGAUUAUUUAUCGCCCAGAUUAUAUCUGAGGCUUGAACAUUAUAUGAGAAUAUAUCGGAAUCGAUUAGAAAGGCAAUAUGAUCGGAAAGAAAAUUUACAAUCCGGAUCGGUAACCAGAAAUCGUCCACGAAAAUUGUUUGAAAAUAUUGUCGAAGGAUGGGAACGACGACGACCGGUUUGGUUACUAUUUCUAUUGUAUCAAUUAACUGAAAACUAUCUCUACCGGGAGCAUAUACCAAUGCUCGAUUUAUUUCUCGCUCAAUAUGCUCUUGAACUUAACAAGAAACUUUAUUCAAUUGAAACUGCUACUGAGCAAUGUAAUCCGCUUCGUUCAGUACGUAUGGAUCAGUUAUUGUUUGCAAUCAAUUAUACACUAUCAUAUCUGGAAUUUAAACAUAAUUUAACGAUGACCGGAAUGCAAUUAAACAACAGUGGUAUUGUUAAUCUAAUUAACAGUUACAAAUGUGGCUCAUUGGACGAAUCUUUAUUUAGUACUGAUUCAAAACGAUUCAUUAAUCAAGGAUUUAGUAUAACACUCGAACUUGACAGAAAAGCUCAAGAAAUUGAUGAUCAACUUCGUGAAGAUAUCAUCGAACGGCGAAAUAUUAGAAUGGCUAAUCGUAUUGCUAAAUUAUUACGCUGGAAAGUGGGCAAUCAAUAUUUCUUCGCUUUAGGAGCUGGUCAUUUCCUGGGUCGCAAGUCAAUCUUGGCACUUUUGGAAUCUCACGGGUUCAUUACAAAGGCUGUUACGGAAAAUGAUGAAAUCAGUUUUCGGGAGAACGAGAACGACAGACGAGUGUACGUAUUCAAUGAGUUAUGGGUACGUGACGACGAUAUAAAAAUUGAUCCUGCAAUUGAUAUCAUGCUUACGGUAGCCGAGUUACCCAAAAGUAGAAGUUCAAUCAGGACAGGCAGACUUCAAAUCAUCGUUUUCAUUGUAGUGAUUAUAAUGUCCUUCAUUAUAUCAUAA